AACACGCUGUGGACCGAAGGAAAGCCCUAGCCCUCUUCGACGCUAGGCCUGAUUGGGCGAUUCUAUCAGAGAACUUAGCUAAUCUCGGCUCUCGCCCACUGGAGCCAAUGUCUCGCAGCAAAAUCCGCCUCGCCCGAAUUUUGCAAAACGAACUUUUAACCUCAAUUGAUGCGCACGACCUCUUCCCCUCAAUCCUCAACCCAACCAUCAUCAAUCGCAAGCACAGAAUCUGUCCUCGCCAGUAUCCCCAGAUUUCCAGCAGUCAAUAUUACGCUUGCGAACUUGUUGGUAUUGGUGUUUCCAGCCUCAAUCAGACAAGAUGGUUCUCGCCGUUGAUCUCCUUAACCCUAGUCCAGCCGCCGAGGCUAAGAAGCACAAGCUCAAGACCUUGGUGCCGAGCCCCCGGUCCUUUUUUAUGGACGUCAAAUGCCCCGGCUGCUUCACCAUCACCACCGUGUUCUCGCAUGCCCAGACCGUCGUCAUCUGCCAGGGCUGCACUACUGUCCUGUGUCAACCUACCGGUGGAAAGGCUCGAUUAACGGAGGGGUGCUCUUUCCGAAGAAAGUAGAUGUCGUCAUCUCUUCGUUUCUUCAUUCUUGGGUCUUAGGUCACGACUUCACGGUGUAGCUCGGAUAUCUGCAAGGCACUCUCUCGACGGCAUGGGCGCAUGAAAAGUGGGCAUCUCGUCUCUCCCGAACAUACACAAAUUCCUCUACGAACACCUACGUCAUUGCAGAUAGACGACGGAUACCAAAAAGACUCUUAGUACAAAAGGGGCGUUUGGGGUCCUGAUAUCUUGCAUCAUCCAUUUUCUGCGCUUUUUCCCUUGCUUCGUUUUCUUGCCUUGUGUAAGACGGUGUCAUCACUCGUCAGGAAUGGUAGUUGCUGCGUGGGUGGUUAGCUGGAAAUGGCUUUCCACAUGAGCAUUAUCUGGGGUCUACUCCGCAAAGAGUGAAUCUCCGGGUGCGAGGACGUGGAACGUCGAUUGAGGAUCGCUACAUACCCAAUUGCGGUGGUCAUAAUUUUCACUGCAUUAAGGCGAAUCAGAGUUCCAUGAGUACUAUUUAUUUUAUCAAAUUGUGAACUGUGACAUGCCUUCCCAACGGGGGUCUCUGUAUCAUUUAAGUAUUGUAGGAGUGUCGUAUUUCCGCCUGAUGGCGCGUUCAUAAAAAUGCAAUGAGUAGUCAGGAUCAUAGAUCGAAGGGCCAUUCAAGAAAGUAAUGGUCUAAGCUCCAGGUUUUGUCUCCAAUUUCCGUAUUAGCUAGGCAGUCUAUU